CUCAGGUAUGCGGAGGCGGAGGCAGGACAGCCCUGGGAGGGAGCAGGAGGAGGGGCCGGCAGCCUGGAACGGAAAGGACAGCGGAGAGCAGGGCAGAGCCUGAGCAGGCAGGGCACCUCCAGGUGGGCAGGAGCUCCCACUCAGCACCAUGAGCACCGCCACCGGCCCAGAAGCUGCCCCAAAGCCAAGUGCCAAGUCUAUCUAUGAGCAGAGGAAGCGUUACUCCACAGUGGUUAUGGCCGAUGUAUCCCAGUACCCAGUCAAUCACCUGGUGACGUUCUGCCUGGGUGAGGACGAUGGCGUGCACACCGUGGAGGAUGCCUCCAGGAAGCUGGCCGUCAUGGAUAGCCAGGGCCGAGUCUGGGCACAGGAGAUGCUGCUGCGAGUGUCUCCCGACCAUGUCACGCUGCUCGACCCGGCCUCCAAGGAGGAGCUGGAGUCAUACCCGCUGGGCGCCAUCGUGCGUUGUGAUGCGGUGAUGCCACCCGGCCGGAGCCGCUCGCUGCUGCUGCUCGUGUGCCAGGAACCCGAGCGCGCGCAGCCCGACGUGCACUUCUUCCAGGGCCUGCGCCUUGGGGCGGAGCUGAUCCGAGAGGACAUCCAGGGGGCUCUGCACAAUUACCGCUCCGGCCGCGGGGAGCGCAGGGCGGCGGCGCUCAGGGCCACGCAGGAGGAGUUGCAGCGCGACCGCUCGCCCGCCGCUGAGACCCCGCCCCUGCAGCGCCGCCCGUCCGUCCGCGCAGUGAUCAGCACCGUGGAGCGGGGCGCAGGCCGCGGGCGACCCCAGGCGAAGCCCAUUCCCGAGGCAGAGGAGACGCAGAGGCCUGGGCCCGCGGGGACCUCGAGCAGCGCUGACCCGGCCUCCCCGGACCUAGGUCCCCGGGGUCCUGACCUGGCGGCUCUGCAGGCGGAGCGGGAAGUGGACAUCCUGAACCACGUGUUCGACGACGUAGAGAGCUUCGUAUCGAGGCUGCAGAAGUCGGCGGAGGCGGCCAGGGUGCUGGAGCACCGGGAACGCGGCCGCAGGACCCGGCGCCGAGCGGCUGGGGGUAAGGGCACCCCCGCGUGGGAUCUGAACCCCCCUCCCGAUCACUUCCAGAUGCCCCCCCUCUCCCCAGGGUCUCCCCUCCCGCCACUUACCAGGGCUGACCUCACAGCCAUCUUAACCGGGUGUCCACCUCUCUCUGCCUGCCUGGUGCUGGCCCCGCGUCCCCAUCGCCGCGCCCCGGCCCCCGCAGAGGGCCUGCUGACGCUGCGGGCCAAGCCGCCCUCGGAGGCCGAGUACACAGACGUGCUGCAGAAGAUCAAGUACGCCUUCAGCCUGCUGGCCCGGCUGCGCGGCAACAUCGCCGACCCCUCCUCCCCGGAGCUGCUGCACUUCCUUUUCGGGCCUCUGCAGAUGAUUGUGAACACGUCGGGGGGGCCCGAGUUCGCGAGCAGCGUGCGGCAGCCGCACCUGACGUCGGAUGCCGUGGCGCUGCUGCGGGACAACGUCACUCCACGUGAAAACGAGCUCUGGACCUCGCUGGGGGACUCGUGGACCCGCCCCGGGCUGGAGCUGCCCCCGGAAGAGGGACCCCCAUACAGACCCGAGUUCUUCAGCGGCUGGGAGCCGCCGGUUACUGACCCGCAGGGCCGCGCUUGGGAAGACCCAGUUGAGAAACAGCUACAGCACGAGCGGAGGCGCCGGCAGCAAAGCGCCCCCCAGGUCGCUGUCAAUGGUCACCAAGACUUGGAGCCAGAAUCUGAGCCUCAGCUGGAGUCAGAGACAGCAGGAAAAUGGGUCCUGUGUAAUUAUGACUUCCAGGCCCGCAACAGCAGUGAGCUGUCGGUCAAGCAGCGGGACGUACUGGAGGUCCUGGAUGACAGGCGCAAGUGGUGGAAGGUUCGGGACCCAGCGGGGCAGGAGGGAUAUGUGCCCUAUAACAUCCUGACACCCCACCCCGGACCCCGGUUGCACCACUGCCAAAGCUCUGCCCGCAGCCUGAACAGCACUCCUCCUCCGCCACCAGCCCCAGCCCCAGCCCCACCUCCAGCUCUGGCUCGGCCCCGCUGGGACAGCUGCGAUAGCCUCAACAGCUUGGACUCCAGCGAGAAGGAGAAAUUCUCCCAGAUGCUCAUUGUCAACGAGGAACUGCAGGCGCGCCUGGCCCAGGGCCGCUCGGGCCCGAGCCGCGCAGUCCCAGGGCCCCGCGCUCCGGAACCGCAGCUCAGCCCGCAAUCGGACGCCUCCGAGGUCCGAGCCUGGCUGCAGGCCAAGGGCUUUAGCUCCGGGACCGUGGACGCGCUGGGUGUGCUGACUGGGGCGCAGCUUUUCUCGCUGCAGAAGGAGGAGCUGCGGGCGGUGAGCCCCGAGGAGGGGGCGCGUGUGUACAGCCAGGUCACCGUGCAGCGCGCCCUGCUGGAGGACAAAGAGAAAGUGUCAGAGCUGGAGGCAGUGAUGGAGAAGCAAAAGAAGAAGGUGGAAGGCGGGAUGGAAAUGGAGGUCAUUUGACCUGCCCGGCGCCCUUCGCAAAGAGUGACCAGGCCCCGUGUGAGAACGGACUCUUCAGACUCCUCAAUAGCAGAAGUCGGUCUUCUGAAGGAUGGCCAAUCUGCUCCGGCCCCGGUCUUCCCCCAUCCCCGUGGACAGACUGAAUAAUCCUUGCUGCAGUCCCUCCGGGGCAGAUCUGGACUGGCUGUGAGUGGGGAGGGCGUGGAGACAGUCUACGGAAAGCGCUAGCAGACCCCCAAGAGGGUGCAGUAGAGCCCUGAGCAUUGUAAUAUGCCGCCCAGCCUAUAAACAGCCUCCUUACUUGGCA